CCGUACAUCAUGCCUCGAGACUGGCAGCAACAACCGCAGCAGGGUGAGGAUGACAAGAAAGGAGGAUACGAUGGUGGGCAGCAAUCCAAGGGCUGGGAUGAUAACUCGGGGAAGAACUGGAAGGGUGCCUCACGUGGAUGGAAUAAGGGCAGCGGCGCCAGCGGAGGUGAUUGGAAAUCCAACAACAGGCAGGACAGUUGGAAGGAUAAUGACAAGUCAUGGGAGGAUAACGACAAAUCCAAUUGGCGCGGCGGUGGCGGCGGGAAUAGAAGUAGUGGUUGGAAAUCCUCCCCUGAGGCGGAGGGGUCUAAGUCUAAAUCAUGGCAAGACUCCGGUGAUUAUGGCAACAAAUCUUGGAAAUCUCGAGAUGGGUCCAAAUGGGGUUCGUCCGAGGCAGCAGGAGGGGAUAGUCGGUGGAAGGAGGGAGAGCAGAGUAAUGGUGAGGAGCCUGAAGCCUGGAAGGAUACCAGGAAGGAGAAUUGGAGAGGAGGUGGAGGCUGGGAAGAUGAGAGGAGAGGCGCGAAGAACUGGGAGGAUGAUAGGAACAAAGACGUUGACAAUGGCACUGGGAAGGAAGACCCUUGGAAGCAACAUGACUCUGGAUAUAUAGAUGGGGACAAGGAAGAUGGACAAGAGCUCGAUUCCGGCGACUACGAUGAUGAUGUUGAUGAUGAAGAUGCUGCUAUUGCUGAUAUGGAAUACUCGGACGAUUGGACUCAAACCCUGGUUUGGGUGAGGAAUGCUGUUGCCGGUCAACUCGAGUUUACAAUUGGGGAUAUACCCGAAUUCGAUAAUUCAAUUGAUACAUCAUCACUCUGGACCUUUACUGUGUAUCGCAAUAGAGUACCGGGAUCGAGGCCGUUGAAGAUACCUGUUGUGUCUGGAGAGAUGGAGGAGCUAGUAUUCGCCCCUCGUCUGGAGGCUAAGGAUGAUGAUGACGUAUGGAAGAGGGUCACAGAUGAAGGCAAAGUCGAGAUGAUGUGCAUGGGGAAGGAUAGGAACGAUGUUCUAGUGUUGGAGCAUCCAACAGCUGAUAAUGACUAUAGGGAUCCCGAUCCUACUACUCUCCGCUCGCCAAAGGAGUUCUGGACUCUGGUUACGGACAUACCAACUCGUAAGAUGUGUGUGACCCAGGGUGACAGAGUGCUGUACUUCGACUCGUGGUCACAGCUAGACACUCCCUAUAUAUCAGCAACUUAUGCAACUAAGCAGGAUCGAGGAUCAGUCCUGUUGGGUGACUCUACUGACCGUAGUUGGGAAGGCUUCUCUGUUGGAGUUAAAUUGAGUAAUCCUGAACCACGUAGCAAUGCUGGAGACUGGGGUGGUGAGGUCGAUGCAGAGCACGGCAAGAAGAGUAACGAAACACAUGGCCAACCUCAUUGGUUCAACAUCUCACUUAAUAGGGGUAAAUUAAAUAUUUGGGUUCCCAGUGGACCGAUCGAAGAAACGGAUGAGAAGAUCCUCGUGUUUGAACACUACAGGAAAGAGUCAACAUGGAUCAUACCCGAGGCAUGGCUCCGUACUGGUAUUCCUGACGCCGAUGUCGAUGAGGCUCUGGAAUCUAAACAACCCAUCAAAUCGAUGAAUGGCUAUGUGUACGCUCAACACUUUUACGGAACUGUACAGUCUCUGCACAAGCACCAUAAUCAUGCUACUGGGGAUGAGGAUGAUGCUGAACCUAUUGUAGCUCCUCCAGAGGUGGCCGAGAAGCCUCCGAUCCAGCAGCAGAUAAUGAACACGUCCAAGUCCUUCUGGCAUGAGCGUGAAGGCAGAGAGGGACGUCUCCAGCAGCUAAGAGAGAAAUGUCAGGUCAUGAAGGACUACAACGAUAAUCUUGCCUCGCAGCUAGAGGAGGCCGAGGGAUUGUACAAGGAUCUCUUUGAGAAGGUACAGCAGAUGAAGGAAAAGAUUGGGGUCACCGAUGGCACCGAAUCAUCUAAUUGACUGAUUGGC